ACGUGUAAAACUAUGCUAUCUUGGAUCUUAACCACGCUAACGUUGGUAUUGGUGGUUCAGGCCAACUUCUUUGACUUUGUCCAGAAUCAGUUUCACACCAACAACCAAGGGGCGCCAGCACCGGCCGGGACUUUUGAAAUGGGAGUACUCAAUUCCAAUUGUAAGGAUUACUUGUGUCCUGAAACCCAAACGUGUGUACAAGGACCCAGACUGUGUCCAUGCCCCUUUCCGUCAAGUCAGUUGAGAUGUGUCUUACCGGACGGCAACUAUAUCUGCAUUUCUAAGCCUGCUGGAGACUUUUCCGUCCGUUACAAGGAUCCCCAGACUAACUGGAAAAUCGAUGCCAACGACGAUACCAUCAGAGAUUGUGGUUGGGUGAACAGACACUACAGGAAGUGAAGAGACCAAGGGGAAGGUUCUAGAUGUAAAUAGGAGUACUUAUAUGUCAAAAGUGGUAUCGAAAUACACAUAUUCCAUGACUGUGGUUGUAGUUGCUAAAUAAGCCAGGCUCACCGAUUGGGCACGAGACGCAAAGUGUGGGUAAAGACAGCUGACCCCUAUAAAAAUCCCCCGGAAAAACGUCUACGCCAUCAACACAUCCUCUACAACACACCUACACCCCACAAACAUCUCUAACUCCUCUCAUAUACUCAGAACAAAUCUCUUUCGCGUCCCUACCACCCGAUGACCAAACCGC